AUGAGAGUUGCAAGAACUUGGAUCAGUAGAAGAUUAUUCUCUAAUUCUAAAGUGAAGAAUAAUUUGGCAUGGCCAUUGAGGAUAUCAGAAGAAGUUCAACAGGCAUUAAAUGAUAAAUCCAAGCCAGUUGUCUCAUUGGAGUCUACUAUAAUCACGCAUGGUUUGCCAUAUCCGCAAAAUAUGGUCAUGGCGACUGAAACAGAGAAGAUUAUUAGAGACAACGGAGCAAUCCCAGCAACCUGUGCUUUUAUUGAUGGCCAACCUAAUAUUGGAUUGACAAGGCUGCAACUUGAACGAUUAAGCGAUCAAUCUAGCAACAGAAGAAGAGUUAAAGUUUCGCGUCGUGACAUUGGUUACACUAUGGCUCAAGGCAUUGAUGGUGGAACUACUAUAUCGGGGACAAUGAUUUUGUCCCAUUUAGCGGGAAUAAAAGUGUUUGCCACCGGUGGAUUAGGUGGUGUCCAUAGAGAUGGCCAAUUUACUAUGGAUGUUUCUGCUGAUUUGAAUGAAUUAGGCCAAACGCCGGUGGCGGUUGUUUGUGCCGGUCCCAAAUCAAUUUUAGAUAUUGGAUUAACUAUGGAAUAUUUGGAAACACUAGGUGUAUUUGUAGGAACUUACAAUGAUGAUAAAAGAGAACUGAUCGAAAUUCCAGGUUUCUAUUGCCGUGAAUCAGGCAUCAAAUCACCGUAUUCCUUUAACUCAUUCGAGGAAGCAGCUAGUAUCAUUCAUCAGCAGAACAACCUAAUGUCGUUAAGUUCGGGAAGUGUCUUCUGUGUUCCUCCUCCCCAAGAAUCAGCGUUAUCCUCAGAUUUUAUUACCAAUAUUAUCAAUAAUGCCAAUGAAGAAGCAAAACUUAAGGGCAUCCGUGGAAAAGAAUCUACUCCGUUCUUGUUGUCCCGGAUUGCUGAGGCUACUAAAGGUAAAUCAGUACAAUGCAACAUUGAUUUUGUCUACAAUAAUGCAAAAUGUGCCGCCGAAAUUGCUAAGAAUUUGCUCGUGUUAGAGAAAGAAGAAAAUUCUAAAGUAUGUCUUUAAGUUUGAUGUUUUGUUAUGGAAUUUGUACUAAUUAAUAUUUAGAAUAAUGACCGAAAAAACGCAUCUAUUUUUUCUCCAGCAAUAUUUUCCAAUGUAAGUGACAUGCAAGCUACACCUGCUGUACCGGAUUGUGUAGGCACAGUAAUUGUUGGUUCUACAGCUCUAGAUACGGGCAGUAGAUUUUUAGAGUCGGAAAUAACUGCGAGAGAUUCUAAUCCAGGCCAUGUUGAGUCAUGUAUAGGGGGAGUUGCUUAUAAUAUUUCUUUGGCGUGCAAGUAUGGAUUAGAGGCACUCUCUAAAGCUGGUAACGGAACAUCUAGUUCUAGGCUUGUGUCUGUCGUGGCCAAUGAUUUUGCAGGGAAAUCCUUAAUCAAACAGUUGAAUGCUAACGACACAGAUACUUCUGGAAUACAAGUAUCCGAAAUUGAAGAUCAUUCAACAGCGCAAUAUAUUUCUAUGCAUGACACAAAGGGUGAUUUAAUCCUUGCUUGCGCAGAUAUGUCUCUUAUCGAAUCAGAUUCGUUUGCCGAACAUGUCAAGGAACAAUUGCGAAGAGCGCAACCGCAGAAUAUUGUGUUCGAUUGCAAUAUUUCGUCCAACGUCAUGAGUAAUGCGUUGGAAUUUAUUCGUGAGCAUUUACCGCAGGCCAAUGUCAUAGUCGAGCCUACAUCAUCCCCCAAGUCUAAGAGAAUCAGUCAAAUGAAUACCGAAGCGCUUAAGGUAUUCCCCAAUAACACGAUCCUGUUGAUUACUCCGACUAUAGCUGAGUUAAAGUCAAUCUAUUCAUCGUUCAGUUCUGUUGGGCAUUUUAAUAACUAUAAAUGUCGUUCUGUACUUGAUUCGAUUGGUUUCGACUCUAAGUUUCAAGAGAAAUUAAGUAUGAUGGGAUCCAAAAAUAAAAUUGUACAAGAUGUACUAGAUGACGGGUGUUUGUUACAAUGCUUUCAAUUAUUGCCAUUUUUGCCGAACAUUUUGCUUAAAUUAGGAUCGAGAGGGGCGCUAUACAUCAAGUUGUCGACAAACGUUGAUGAUGAUAUUUCUAAUCCUGCAACAUCGCAAUAUGGCCCUGAAUUUGUCGUUACGUCCACGGGAUGCUCGCGCCAAGGCAUAAGUGAUGAAUCGAAAAGGAUGGGUAUCGUUAUCCAGUAUUUCCCGAUUCCGUCUGAAAAUGUAGACUUGGUUGUCGAGAAUGUCACUGGUGCCGGUGAUUCUCUUUUAGGGUAUCUACUUGCUAGGUUGCUGGUAUCUAACAGCAGAAACCAUGAUAAACUGUGGUUAGCGUCAGAGAUACAGUACCCAGAACAAGAACUGUCGAAAUGGGAAUCCAUAUAUAAAGCACAAAUUGCCAGUGGUUUGUCCUUGCAGAGUAAUAUGGCUGUCAGCUCCAAAAUCAAGAACUUAGCUUAA